AUUUUUAUUUUUCGCUUCUCGCAUUUGUUGUCAAUUUUUAUCAAGCAAAAUACAGAAUUUCACACAUUUGGCUUAAAAUUAAAAUAAAAAAUCAUUUAUUUAAAAAUGACUGAUGACGAAGUUAUUAAACGUCGUUUAUUAAUUGACGGCGAUGGUACCGGCGAUGACCGAAGACUCAACAUACUUCUGAAGACAUUCAUAAAAUGGUGCUCCACCAAAAAUGAUACACCCGAAAAUAACCAAAUAAUCUACGACCGCCUCCUUGCUCAAUUAGCUCAAUGCACCUUUGCCGCAACCAAAUCCCAAACAAUUGAAAAAAUGAUCCAACAAGAAUUAAAAAACUACGAAACCCUUUCGAAUAGUAUCGAAGCCAGUAUUGAAUUGGCCAACAAAGAAAUCGAAACUAGUAAAGACGAAUUGGUUUUGGCCAAGAAAAUUCGUAAAAAUCGUAUGGAAUAUGAUGUCUUGGCCAAAGUCAUACAAACCCAACCCGAUCGUGAAGAGACGUCGAAAAAACUCGAAACACUCAAAACCGAAUUGAAAAACCUGGAAGAAGAAGAAAUUCGUCUCAAUCGAAAGCUAGAUUAUAGGAAAAAGAAUUUCUAUCUUCUAAUGCAUUCUAUUCGUGAAUUGCAAUCGAAACUGGACGAUAGUUCCAGUGAAGAUGAACAAUAUGAUGAUGAGAGUAUAGAUCGUAUGUCUGAGGAUGAGGAGAACUUUUGGGAAGAGAUCAAAAGCAAUGAUGUGGAUUGUGUGAUGAUUUCCAGUGAUGUGGCUAAUGGAGGAACUCUUCCAGAGGGUUCAGCAGCUGCAGGAGUAACAGUAGAUAACAAGGGCCUAUUUCAUACAACUAUAAGGGCGUAAUUCAUAGCACAGUGGCCCAUUUAGGCAAAAGUGCUUGCAAUAUUCAUUUUUCGGGUGGGUCUACAAUGAAAAACUUUUUAGAUCAGUGCAUUCACAAAUGUUUGGAG